CCCGCCCCCCGCCCGAGCCCCGGCCCCCGCCUCCCCUCGAGGCGGACUUGCCCGCUCCCAGGCCGGCCCCGUUCCUGGGACAGGGACCGGGCCGAGCGGAGCCACUGCGCCAGUGCUGCCCCGCCAGCCCGGGCGCCUAGCGGAUCGGAGCUGCGCGCGGAUCUACCUCGCCCCGCCCCGCUCCACCCGUGAGGGUGGCCCGAGGCAGCCGGGAUGACACUUCUCCUCAGGAACCCUGCUAUCUGCUGAGAAACAUGACCAGCAAGUCCCGCUGGAAGUUUCUGGCCAUGCUGGCUCUGGUCCUUGUCGUGGUCAUGGUGUGGUACUCCAUCUCCCGAGAAGACAAGUACUUUGAACUCUUUUAUUUCCCCAUCUCAGAGAAGAAAGAGCCGUGCUUCCAGGGUGAGGCAGAGAGGCAGGCCUCUAAGAUUUUUGGCAACCGUUCUAGGGAACAGCCCAUCUUCCUGCAGCUGAAGGAUUAUUUCUGGGUAAAGACACCAUCCGCCUAUGAAUUGCCCUUUGGUACCAAAGGGAGUGAAGACCUUCUUCUCCGGGUGUUGGCCAUUACUAACUAUGCCAUACCUGAUAGCAUACAGAGCCUUGAGUGUCGUCGCUGUGUUGUGGUGGGAAAUGGGCACCGAUUGCGGAACAGCUCCCUGGGAAGUGUCAUCAACAAGUAUGAUGUGGUAAUCAGAUUGAACAAUGCUCCCGUGGCUGGUUACGAGGGAGACGUGGGCUCCAAGACCUCCAUACGUCUCUUCUACCCUGAGUCAGCCCACUUCGACCCCAAAAUAGAAAACAACCCAGACACGCUCUUGGUCCUGGUAGCUUUCAAGGCAAUGGACUUCCACUGGAUUGAGACCAUCUUGAGUGAUAAGAAGCGGGUACGAAAAGGGUUCUGGAAACAGCCGCCCCUCAUCUGGGACGUCAACCCCAAACAGAUUCGGAUUCUCAACCCCUUCUUUAUGGAGAUUGCAGCAGACAAGCUCCUGAGCCUGCCUAUACAGCAACAGGCACGGAAGGUCAAGCAGAAGCCAACUACAGGUCUGCUAGCCAUCACCUUGGCCCUACACCUCUGCGACUUAGUGCACAUCGCUGGCUUUGGCUACCCCGAUGCCUACAACAAGAAGCAGACCAUCCACUACUACGAACAGAUCACACUUAAGUCUAUGGCGGGUUCAGGGCACAAUGUCUCCCAAGAGGCCCUAGCCAUCAAGCGGAUGCUAGAGAUGGGAGCUGUCAAGAACCUCACGUACUUCUGACUUGGAUGAGAGCUGUAACACGUCAGUUCCCAGCUUUGCCAUCUGAAUGGCCCCCGUCUACGGCUUUGGGAUGCCUGGUGCCAGUGCAACUCACUUGAACUCACCCUCGGAGGGUGUUCCGGGACGGGCCAGGUCUCAGGAGAGGCUAUGUCUCUGAUUACUCUGGUGGAAUCUAAGUCCAGACAGGGUGGACACACUGAGACCACAGGAGCCUGGCCGAGGCAGGGGACUUGCUGCUGUGGCACCCCCUGUCUGCCAGCACAAAGAGGUUUGGUUUUCUGGGGUUCUUUUUUUUUUGUUUGUUUGGAUUUUGUUUGUCUGUCCUUUUUGUUUAGUUUUUUUGUUAUUGUUGUUUCUUUUGUUUGUUUUGUUUUUGAGACAGGGUCUGACUGUGUAGCCCUGGCUUUCCUGGAACUCAUUGUGUAGACCAGGUUGGCCUUGAACUCACAGAGAUCCACCUGCCUCUGCCUCCCAAGUGUUGGGGGAGUAAAGGUGUGUGCCAACAUGCCUGGCCCCAGCAACAAGAGAUUAUUUAACAUACUAUUUAAUGAUGAAGAGGUAGAAAAAUGCUGUGGGCUGGUCCCAUGGCGUUCACGAAAGGGACACAGUGCAGUGUUCUGUCCACUUUUUACUAAAAUUGGCCUGUUAAGGCCCCGAUCUAGAGCUGACCUCCCAGGAGGAUGGAGGCAUCAAGAGUGGGAGGGUUUCCUCCAGAGGGGUUGCUACCUCCCAGCAGGCAUGGGAAGGGCAUUGACAAGGGAGCUCCGCCUGGAAGGGGCUUCACCUGGAAAAGAGAUUACAAAGGACCAUUAAAAUAUUUUUUUUCCUAAA